UGCUGCAAUGACUUUAUUUAUUCUGUAGGUUUUGUAUGUUCAUUAAAUUUAUUUUUAAUAUCGUAUCGGGUUUGAUUAUUAUUUUUAUUGCCAUUCAUUAUUGUUAUUAUAUUAUAAAGUGUUUAAUAAGAAUGUCUGAUGAUGCAAAAUACAUAAAAAAAAAAUGGAAAGGAGGAACCAUAGAGCCACAUCCAACUGAAAAGGCAUUGGUAGUAAACUACCAAUUAGAAGCUGCAGUUUUUGGUGAACCAGAUAAUCCUAUGUUAGAGGAUAAAAAAGAAUGCCAAAGAAUUAUUCGAUUAAAGUCACUAAAUUCUAAAACAGAUCCAGCUGUUUUAGCACGAGAAGUGGUAGAAAAAUGUGAUUUGAUACACAAAUCACAACUUUCUGAAGUUGAGCAAAUUAUUUAUUAUUUAAAAAAUCGUAAAGCCAAUGUUGGUAAUGACAAUAAUAGUCAAAGAUCAGCAUCUCGUCACUCGGCUAAACCAAGCCCACCCGAUGCUUCUAUUAGAAACCUAGAUGAAUAUGUCGAACUAUUAUACGAAGAUGUUAAUGAACGAAUUCGAGGGUCAAGUUUGAUAUUAAGCGUGGCUAGAAACCCCGAUAAUUUAGAAGAAUUAGAAAAAAAUGAGGCUGCAUUAAGCGCAUUAUCGCGCGUGCUUAGAGAAGACUGGCGUAAAAGUUUAGACCUUUCAACUAAUAUAAUAUAUACAUUCUUUUGCUUUUCAACAUAUACUAAAUUUCAUCCUGUGAUUGUCCAGUACAAAAUUGGUUCCUUAUGUAUGGAUGUUAUAGACUAUGAGUUGCGCAGAUAUGAAAGUAUGCGCAAUGAGUUGGAUGUCCGCAAAAAUCCAAUGGAAAGUCGAGACGCCAGUAAAGAAAAAUUAAAUAAAAGCUCAGAAGACUUUUUAGAUAUUAUGAAUGAAGAAAAACCAAAAGAAAUGGAGCCACCGCGUCGCCGCAUCCCAGAACUAAAACAAAGACCAAAAUCAGGGAAUUGGUCAAGUUAUCAUGGAACACUGACUUCAUCUUUAAUAAAAUCACAAAUUUUGAAUAACAGCUUUCAUGAGCAGUUGUCUUCAGAAAUAGAAAAAUCUUCCCAGGAUAUGAAAUCAAACAGUUCUGAAAAGUUAAAUGGUUCUAAUGAUCCUAAGGCCAAAAAAGAUGAAAUUGAUCGCCUUAACAAACAUUUAAAAGUUUUUGCUAGAAAGCAAGAACAGUUACUUAGAGUUGCUUUUUAUUUAUUGCUAAAUAUGGCUGAAAACGUAAAACUAGAAGAAAAAAUGCGAAGAAAGAAUGUAGUUAAAAUGCUUGUUAAAGCUCUAGAUCGACAAAACAUAGAACUAUUGGUGCUGGUUACCACUUUUUUAAAGAAGCUUUCCAUAGUAUGCGAUAACAAAGAUGAAAUGAACGAACUGAAUAUAAUUGAUAAAUUACCACGUUUACUCAAUAGCGGACAUGCUGAUUUGGUACAAGUUACCCUAAAAUUAAUUUUCAAUUUGUCUUUUGAUGGAAAAAUUAGAUCUAAGAUGGUUCGUGCAGGAUAUCUACCAAAAUUAGUUGCAUUUUUAAGCGACGAUAAGCAUCACGGGAUAGUUGUCAAAAUUUUGUAUCAUUUCAGUUUAGACGACAAAGUAAAGUCAAUGUUUACUUAUACGGAAUGUGUACCUCUAGUAACUGACUGUUUAAUUUUGAAUCUGAAUAAAAAAUGCGAUUUAGAUUUGAUAGCUUUAUGUAUUAAUUUAGCCCUUAACAAACGUAACGCACAGAUAAUGGCAGACCGCACUCGUUUGCAUAGUUUAAUGGAAAGAGCAUUUAAAUACGAAGAUGCGUUUUUAAUGAAAAUGAUACGAAAUGUUUCGCAGCAUGAAAGUUUACGUAACUGUUUUAUCGAUUUUGUUGGAGAUUUGGCUAAAAUUAUUACUAUUUGCGACAAUGAGGACUUUAUUGUGGAAUGUAUUGGAAUUUUGGGCAACUUAUCUUUACCAGAUUUAGAUUACUCGCAAAUAUUGCAAAAUUUUGAGUUGAUACCAUGGAUUCGUGACACAUUGAUGCCGGGUAAAAGAUUAGACGACUUAGUUUUAGACACCGUUAUAUUACUGGGAACGUGUUCUUGUGAUGAAUCUUGUGCAAUGUUGCUAUGUCGAUCAAAUGUUGUUACUUCAUUGAUUGAGCUAUUAAAAGCAAAACAAGAAGAUGAUGAAAUAGUUUUACAGAUAUGUUUUGUAUUUUGGCAAAUAUUGAAAAAUGAAAGUACCCGUGCAUAUAUGAUAAAAGAAACAGAAUCACCUGCGUAUUUGAUUGACUUGAUGCAUGACAAAAACUCUGAAAUUCGAAAAAUUUGCGACUAUUGUCUCGAUAUUAUAGCUAUGUCGGAUUCAGAAUGGGCUUCUAGGAUAAAGCUCGAAAAGUUUAGAAACCACAAUUCGCAGUGGUUAAAUAUGGUUGAAGCUCAACAAGAUUUACAAGAAGACUACGUAGGAGCCGAUGAAGACGAAACCGAAUUACCAACUUAUUUAACAUCUGAAUAUCUAGAUCAAUGCGAUAUAUAUAAUUCCGGUGAUGAUAAUGAUAGUAAUAAUAGUAACAGUAAUCAUAGAGCUAGUCCUGCUUUAUCAAAUUAUAGUAGACCAGUUAGCAGUUAUCGACGAAGUCAAGAUCUUGAGGACUUAGAAACGAUGACGUCCAGCUCGAAAUCACAUAUUUCUAGCCAAACUGGUAGCAGUGACAAUUACUUUUUUAAACUAAACAACAAAUCAUUAGACUCAGAGCUAAUGCCUGAUGACAUUUUAGUUGCCUAAAAAAUAAUGUACCAACCAAUAAUGGAUAUAAAAAUUUUAAUAUUAAAAAUAAAAUUUUUUGAAAACUUUCUUUUCAAUCGGAAUAUUUAAGAAAAAUUGUUUCAAGAAAACAUAUAAAAUUAAUCAAAAUUACAUAAAAAUAUGAAAUUUUAUAAGUUAGUUUUAAAAAUAAAAACUACAUGUCAAUAUUAAGCAACAAAAAAAGCAUACACUUGAAGAGUACAUCACUACUUGUUAAGCUAUAUACAUGUAUAUUAUACAAAAUAUUACAUUUAUUUUAAAUUUUAAAACUUGAACAUUUUAUGGAUUUUACGAAAGUUAAAAGUGUAGACAUGUCAUACAUCUUAUUAGUGUUAAAUUGCAAAAGAUCAAAAUGAUUAGUUUUUUAACUUGUAAAUGAAAGAAUUAAUCAUAAACUAGAUUAUACUAUGACAUUAUUAUAUAACUUGAAAAUGAAAAUUGAAAUAUCUAUAAUAGUUUUUAAUUGUAAUUUAAUUAUAAAUAAGAGAAAAUUAAUUUAGCGCACAUAUGAUAUGAAAAGCUUUCAUAUAUGUAGUUCUUUUUUGAUUUUUUAUUUUGUCUUUUUGUUUUUGGUAGAAGAGUGUUAAACUUUGUACUAUGUUAAAUUAUGUACAGCCGUACUUAUAUUUCUUGAACAUUAUUUCCAAAUUAGGUUUCACUUUACAUAGUAUUCGCACGAGAUUGUUUAAAACAUAAAUUUUUUUUGUUUAAUUUUUAAUGUUCUUUGUUGUUUAUGCUUCUUUUUUCUAAAAAUUUUUAUUAAAUAACAGAUAAUGAAAAAAUUUUCAAAUAUGUACACCAAUAUUUGUUAAUUUUAUUAUUAUUAUAAACUCAAUCAUUUAAGGAAAGCUCACAUUUUUUUUACAUGAAUACUUUUUGUGUAAAAAUUUUUUAGUUUUAAGCUUGAUUUCUAGUCUUAUUUUGGUUUCAAUUGUGAUAUUUAUAUUUGUAGACAUGAAAAUUGUUUUUAUUUUAAAAUAAGUCAAAAAUAUUAAUUCGUAAUAAUUCAUUAAUGUUUUAUGUUAAAAUAUAUUUGUUUUUAAUAUUUUUUUUAGAUACUUUGUAAAGUCUUUAAAAAUAAAAAUAAUUUUUAUAUUUAAUUUAGAAAGCAAAUAUAAUUAUACCAAUUCAAGAUAUUAUAGUAGCAAAUAAUAUUAUUCUACAUAUUAUGUAUAUUGUAAAAUUAGUACAUUAUACAUUUA